AUAAACUGUUCGAAUGGAUCCUUCAUCGAACAAUAACAGAAGUAAUUCGCAACUAUUGGAAAGAUUUGGCUACAAAAUUGGUAAAAAAAUCGGCGUUGGUUCAUUUUCGAGUGUGCGACUUGCCUAUUCCAAUCAAAGGAAAUGUUCGGUUGCGUUAAAAAUAAUUUGGAAAGAUCGAGCGUCGAUUCUAUAUCAAACCUAUUUUUUGCCCCGUGAAAUUGAUAUAGUGAAAUCCUUGCAACAUCCAAACAUCGUUAAAUAUUAUCAGAGCAUCGAAACCAACCGGCGAUUCAUUAUUGUGAUGGAAUAUGCCGAAUACGGAAGCUUAUUAGAUUUAAUGGCUAAGAAAAAAAUUCUAAGUGAACCAGAAGCAUGUAUGUAUUUCCAUCAACUUAUCAGCGCACUCGAAUUCUGCCAUUCUUCGAAAGUCGCACAUCGAGAUUUGAAACUGGAAAACCUUUUGCUCGUUCAAGAAGAUUGCUUGAAAAUUGGCGACUUUGGAUUUUCACGAAAAUGUGAUGAUCCCACCUCAAUUUAUAGCCUAACAUUUUGCGGUAGCAAUGCUUAUAUCAGCCCAGAAAUUCUUCAUCAGCAACCAUACAAUCCAUUUUGUGCGGACGUUUGGGCUUGUGGAGUAAUAUUAUUUGCAAUGGUUUUUGGAGAUCUUCCAUUUGAUGACUCUGGAUCAAUUCGACAUUUGACUAAACUCGUUGAAAGGGGUUUAGUUUUUCCAAACCAAAUUGAAAUAUCAGUGGAAUGUAAAAGUCUUAUUCAGAAAAUAAUGACGCCGGAACCAAUUAGACCAAAAGUUCAAUCAAUUUUCGAGGAUUCGUGGAUGAUUAAAAAUUCGAAUAUCAAAGAAGAAGAAGAAGAAUAAAACUAAAUAUCACGCAAU